CCUGCGGCCAAGCCAGCUGAGAAGAAAUCUGCAGCAACACCUACAGCAAAGCCAGGUUCUGCCAAAGCUGCUGCUCUUAAGGCCAAAUCAAGUGCAAAGCCCUCAGUUAAGAAGGCCGCAUCUGCUGCUAAGCCUGCAAAGCCUAAACCAGCCGCUGCUAAAUUGAAAAUUGCACCCAAACCUAAGAAGACCGGCAUUAAGGGACAGAAGAAAGUUGUAAAACCGGUGGUCAAGGCUCUUAAAGCUCAAAGAAAGGUAGUUAAGGGAGAACAUGGCAAGCGCAUACGUAAAAUCCGCACAUCCGUGCACUUCCGUAGGCCUAAGACCUUUGAACCCCCGAGACAUCCUAAAUAUCCUAGGAGGUCAUUGCCAAGAAGAAACCGCAUGGAUGCUUACAACAUCAUAAAGUUCCCGUUGACAUCUGAAGCGGCAAUGAAGAAGAUUGAGGACAACAACACAUUGGUGUUUAUUGUUCACACCAGCUCAAACAAGCACCACAUCAAGGCUGCAGUGAAGAAACUGUAUGAUAUUAAUGUGGCUAAAGUGAACACCUUGAUCAGACCUGAUGGCAAAAAGAAGGCGUACGUGCGACUCGCGAGAGACUACGACGCAUUAGAUGUUGCCAACAAGAUUGGAAUCAUAUAAGCAUAUGUACCAUAUUUUCUAAGAAUACAAAACAUACAAAAACA